CCCGGUCGGAUCCGGUUACUAUGCCAUUUGUUUUUUAUAGUAAUGAAUUGCGAUUUUUCUGAACCAUCAGAUGCAUCGAAUGGCUGAGAAUUACUCUACUGCAUGAAUGUAGCGAAUCCAAAAAACCUACCUUGGCCAUCAAUUUUCACAUUCAGUAAAUAACCAGCGCCGCUUGUUCUUCCUCGUUCCUCCAUUUCAUCAACAAUGUGUGGAGAAACUGAAAGCUGCACCAGCAGCACCAACGGUCACCAUAAAGCAGAGGAUGUCGUCGGUGGCAACGCUAAAGCUAUUCAAAUCCUCAGAGAACUCAUCACUUACCCUCGUCUCUUCACUUCUGAAGCUAAACAGCUUGGCCUUAAAGUUCUGUUUUUUCAAACUCUUUUACUUCUUUUAAUUCAUUUUGGAUUUCUUACUUUUUAUUUUUGGUUUUGCUUUCAGUUUCCAAGAGGGUUGUUGCUCUAUGGUCCACCUGGUACUGGAAAGACCAGUUUGGUACGGGCAAUUGUUGAGGAAUGUGGGGCAAAUUUGACAAUCAUCAGUCCAAACACUGUUAAUAGUGCACUUGCUGGCGAAAGUGAGAGAAAUCUGCGCGAGGCUUUUUCAGAGGCAUCAUCUCAUGCAGCCUUGGGCAAGUCAUCGGUUAUAUUUAUAGAUGAAAUAGAUGGACUUUGUCCUCGCCGAGAUUCCAUAAGAGAGCUAGAUGUCCGAAUUGCUUCCCAACUUUGUACUUUGAUGGACUCAAACAAAGCAACCUCAUCUAAUCCAGGGGUAGUUGUGGUUGCAUCAACUAACAGGGUAGAUGCAAUUGACCCUGCCCUAAGAAGGUAUGGACGUUUUGAUAUUGAAACUGAAGUUACAGUCCCUAAUGAAGAGGAACGCCUUCAAAUUCUAGAGCUGUAUACAAGGAAGAUCCCUCGGGAUUCACAAGACUUAGAAUAUGUUGCUGCAUCAUGCAACGGAUAUGUUGGAGCUGAUUUGCGGGAUUUGUGUCUUGAAGCAGUCAAAUCUGCAAUCGAAAGGUCUGACAAUGCAAAUAAGGAUGUUAACGAUUCCAGUUUAACAAUGGAAGAUUGGAAGAAUGCAAGGUCACUUGUUCAACCAAGCAUAACAAGAGGCAUUACUGUGGAAAUUCCCAAAGUGACGUGGAAAGAUAUUGGGGGAUUGAAAGACGUGAAGACAAAGCUCGAGCAAGCUAUUGAGUGGCCUAUGAAGCAUCCUGAUGCAUUUUCAAGAUUGGGAAUAACCCCUAUCCGUGGAAUUCUUCUCCAUGGACCUCCAGGAUGUUCCAAAACUACUCUUGCUAAAGCUGCUGCAAAUGCUGCUAAUGUUCCUUUCUUUUCCUUGAGUUGUGCAGAAUUAUUUUCCAUGUAUGUCGGAGAUGGAGAAGGUUUGCUUCGUGAAAUAUUUCAAAAAGCGCGGCUGGCUGGGAAGAGCAUCAUAUUUUUUGAUGAAGCUGAUAUAGUAGCUGGCAAGCGGGGUGAUAGUUCGAGCGGCGGUGCUGUAGUUGGAGAGAGGCUUUUAUCCACUCUGCUUACUGAGAUGGAUGGCUUAGAAGAAGCUAAAGGAGUCCUUGUUUUGGCUGCUACAAAUCGCCCUUACGCAAUUGAUGCUGCACUUAUGCGUCCUGGACGAUUUGACCUGAUUUUGUAUGUUCCGCCACCUGAUUUGGAGGGUCGAUUUGAGAUACUUAAAGUACACACACGUGGGAUGAACUUAGGGAGUGAUGUUGAUCUCAGAAAACUAGCAGAAGAUACCGAGCUCUUCACAGGAGCUGAACUACAGGGAUUAUGUAAAGAAGUUGGAAUAGUAGCUCUAAGGGAAAACAUAGAUGCUAGCGUUGUUUACGAUCACCAUUUCAAGACCGCAAAGAAUUCUUUAAAACCAGCAUUAACAGCAGAAGAAAUUGUUUCAUACUCGUCUUUUAAGAGGACCUCAUCUCGAGCUUUGUCGAAGGAAAUUGAAUAAGAACAAAGAGCCAACUGUUUGUUAGAUAAUAGAUUUAUAUGACAAAUGACUUGUUUUUAUCUAUGGUGGCAUUUUAACUGUUGCUUUGAAAGUUUUUACAAUCACGAAACAGAUCCCUGUGUGUUUCAUUAGUUGGCCACAAGGAAGAGUUUUAACUCUCGUCAAGCACGUUUUAAUA